AUGAACAAUAUUAUUAUGGUGGACCCUCAACAGGGAUACCAAUACCAACACCUUCACCAACAACUGGAACAACAACAAAAACAGCAGCAGCAGUACCACAAGCAACAGCCACAGUCUCAUGAGCAGCAACAACAGCAGCAGCAGCUGUACCACAAGCAACAGCAACAGCAACAGCAACAGUCGCUGGAACAGCCUUUACUUGAACAGCCACGGUCGCUGGAACAGCCUUUACUUGAACAGCCAUGGUCGCUGGAACAGCCUUUACUUGAGCAGCCUUUACUUGAGCAGCCUUUGCUUGAACGUGAACCCUCAUUUAACCAAGGGCCCGCUCAGUUUUCUGCUACUACCCCGCCCCAAUACGCAAACUCACACACAUCAUCUCCUUCAACCUUGCCUCCUACAAAUACCACACCUACAAACUCUAAAAGCAAAAGAGACGGCUCGAGACCCUAUAAAUGUCCUCAUUGUGACAAGGCAUUUCAUAGAUUAGAGCACCAAACGAGACAUAUCCGUACUCAUACAGGGGAAAAGCCUCAUUUUUGCAAAUUCUCCGGUUGUUCGAAAAAAUUUAGUAGAUCAGACGAGUUAACAAGACAUUUGAGAAUCCAUACAAAUCCAAAUUCAAGAAAGAAUAAAAAGAAUGAAAAGAAAAAGAGUGAUGCUGCCAUUUUUGUAUCACCAAAGAACAAUAAUUCCACUAAUGGCGACGACACUAAAAGUAUCCAGUUGGCAAAUCCAGCUCCUGCCUCAUCUCCACCUUCUUCGCCCCCUACUUCAACUAGCCAAUACAAACGACAGCAGCAGCAGCAGCAACAACAACAACAACAGCAUCAGCAGCAGCAUCAACAACAGCAUCAACAACAGCAUCAGCAUCAGCAUCACGAAGAGGAAGAAGAAGAGGAAGAAGAGGAAGAAGAAGAUGUGGUGGUGGUGUUGAAAAAAGUUAGAUCACAACCACAGCCAUUGACUCCUAAUGCAACGCCGACUCUUAAAACAAAAUCACGAAAGCAAGAAGAUUUGUCUUCUUCUUCUCAGGUAUCAUCUUCUGAUAAUCAAGACUCUUCAAUAUCGAUAGCUAGACAUCCAUCAAGUAUAGAUAUAUUGGUACUGGCGGCAACUCAAGAAUUGAAGAUUCUAGAGUCCUCGAAAUCACUCCCUUCACUAACUGAUCAUUUCAAUUUACAACCAUCACCAAUACGCUUGCCAUCUUCAACAUCAUCAUCACAUGGAGAGAAAAUCCCGGUAGCAACAAAAUUCACAUUUUCCUCUCACCAUGAUACAACAUACCAAAAUAGUGCAAAUGCACAUCUUUUUCCAGACACCAUCAAUCUCACAUACUUAUCCAAUGUGGCCAGUCGGUUUUCAAACUCGUUUCCUAGAAUGACCCCCUUGGUGGAUGUAGCAAACAAUAUCAACUUGUCAUUACCUAGUCGGAAAACUCAUAUUGCUCAAGAUUCAGAUAUAGAUUAUAUCAAGCAAAAGUUGAAAAAAUCAAGACCUAACAGUCCCAAAUUCUAUCAGUAUGGGAAAAAUCACAGUUUUAAUGGAUUGGGUAGUAGCAAUAACAGUAGUAGCGGCAGUGCAAAUCACAAUCACAGCCACAGUUACAACCACAAUCAAAUCAAUAACCAACGUUCAAACCAAACUUUACCAAACUCACCUAUAUUGGGCCUAUCUACAAACUCAACUCCUUUGAUAUCUGCUAGUAAUAGUUGUACAAAUCUUACUUUAUUAGCAAUGACUCCAGCAAAUACCGCUCCUGCUAUCAAUACAAGCACUACUACGGGCGGUAUAAAUGCCUCAUCAAUAAUAAAACCGACAACUCCUUUGCAUUCAAAACCAACUACACCAAAAUUAUCGCCAAGUUCGAGCGAAGCAUUACCAAGUUUUAAAAGUUUGAAUUUACCUAUGUGGUGA